UGCAGUGCCUCUCCUCUAGACUAUGAAACAGUUUUAAGGACUUGCCUCCUUUAAAUGCUUUGGAAAGUGGAUUUGGCAUGCAGGCCUGGGAGAGAAAGCGUGGAUGCCUGCCUGCAACACCUCUGUUCUAGGGUAGAAGAGAAGCCAGGCGUGUGCCCUAAAACAGCUCCACCAGGACACACCAAUCCUUGCAAAGCUUGGUGUAAAGAGGAUGCCGAAUGCCCUGGCAAGCAGAAGUGCUGCAAGAUUUCAUGUGGGAAUGCCUGCUUGAUGCCAAUGCAUGGGGUUCUGGAGAGCUUGGCGGCCUAUCCUACGGGAGCAAAGCCAACAACGAAGACUCCUACAACGGUGGCAGUGCCGACAGAUGUGCCUCCUGUACGAAGCGUGGCUGCCAACCUGGAGAUGGUGGCAGUGCCAUCAGAUGUGCCUCCUGCACCAAGCAAGGCUGCCAACCUGGAGAAGGCGGGCAAGAUUAAAGUGAAGCCAGGCCUGUGCCCUAAAAGCGUUCCACUGGGACACCCCAAUCCGUGCAGAGUUCGAUGUGAAGUGGAUAAUGAAUGCCCUGGCAGGGAGAAGUGCUGCAGACUUCCAUGUGGGAAAACCUGUGUGUUGCCAGUGCGUGGUCCUCCAGUGAAACCCGGUGUGUGCCCAACAAAAGCUCCUCCAGGAGUCAAGAACCCCUGUAGCUUUCCCUGUAAAGCAGACAGUGAAUGCCCCGGCAACCAGAAGUGCUGCAAAAUUCACUGUGGGAACACCUGCAUGGCCCCACGCCACCAUGUCUGAACUUGAAGGAGGCCUGGACAAGUGGACAGUAGUCCCCCCAAGAUUUCUGCACAUCUCUCCUUCUGCUCCCAGAAAGUUCGAAUCCCACUCUACAUCAUCCCCACUUAUUCCAUUGAUGUUCUCAAUUCUGCUUUGACAAUAAAUGCAUAAAUGUACUACA